AUGUAUUCUCCAAGCAUGUCAUCCAGCGAUUCCUCUAGUGACUACAGUGAAUCUGAUCAUCAUAUUGUAUUUCCUGACAUCUAUACACUCAUGAUGAGCCGUGGUGUCACUAUUGACAAGUCAAUGAUGGGAUUCUUACCAAAUGAGGUCACACUCCCACAGCCUGAGAUCAACAUCGACAUAUCCAUUAAGAAGAGGAAGGAAGGAAAGCGUACACUCUUCUCUGAUUCCCAACGCUCAAUUCUAAUGCACUGGUUGAAGAAUCACCAAAGUAAUCCUUAUCCAACAUCAUCCGAAAAGCAAGAAUUGAUCGAGAAAACAGGCUUAAACCGCGAUCAGAUCAAUGUUUGGUUUACAAAUAACAGAGUUCGCCAUGGAAUGUCUUCUUCAUCACAUCACCGUGGAAGAAACACAUAUUCACACUCAUUUGCUUUACAUUAA